UUAUACGCCAGCGCAUACGUAAUGUUUUCUGAACCGCCGUAAUAAUGCGCGGCGUUGUCAUUCGCCUUCCGAUACCCGUCGAGUAAAUUCCCGCCAUCUGCACAAGUCCGACAUCCAUUUUAUUUUUCCAACUCUUACAAAUCUCCUCUAUUUUCUCAUCGAACCAGUUCUUCGGCAAUAUCGAUAUUCCUCCAGCACAGGAGACAGCCAACUUCUGGAGAACAUGGAUCAGCAACACAGCAUCUAUAAUAUACCCGUCAUAUGGAGGGGAACAAAGUAUAUGGUGGAAAUCAGUUCAGAGUCUACUCUUAGGGACCUCGGUCAGAAGCUGCUAAACUUAACUGGAGUUAAAGCAGAUACCAUUAGACUCAUAGUUCCACAAUAUUCCGGCAAAAGCUCUAAAAUGUUUCAUCCUUUUUCUGAUGAAGAUGGAUACUUGAAUUUGCAGAAAAUUUCCAUUUUCAAGGACAACAAGCCUAUCAGAAUGAUGGGAGUCCCUAGGAAUGAGGUAGAUGAAGUUUUGAACAAUGCUAAGAAAAAUGAACGAAUUGCUGGGUUUGAUGAAGAAGAGAAAAGACAGAAGCAACGAAUGUCAAGUAAGCCUAUGGGCGUGCUGAAACUGCCAGAAGGACCCUAUGUAUUUUGUGAAUUUCGGACCCUUCAAAUUCCAGGAAUUGAGUUGAACCCUCCAGCUUCAGAAGCUUUGAAAAGAAUGCAUAUGUUAGCUGCGGAUCCUGGUAUUGUUGCAAUCAUGAACAAGCACCGUUGGCGUGUGGGAAUUAUGACUGAGAUGGAUCCUGUUGGCUAUGUUGGUGUGAGCCCAAAAUGUAUUCUUGGCUUUAAUAAGAACCAUGGAGAGGAGAUAUCCCUGCGACUUCGUACAGAUGAUCUAAAGGGCUUCAGAAAAUAUGAAAGAGUUAAAAAAACUUUACUCCACGAACUUGCACAUAUGAUUUAUUCUGAGCACGAUGCCAACUUCUAUGCUUUGGAUAAACAGCUUAAUGAGGAGGCUGCCACUUUGGAUUGGACAAGAUCAAAAGGCCAUACGUUGGCUGGAAUUAAGUAUUCUCAGUAUCAUGAAGAAAGCGACGAUGUCGAAGAUGGCUUUGGUGUCUCACAGAAACUUGGUGGAAGUACGUCGCAUCAGCUGGUUAAUGCCCGUUCUGCUUCAGUUGCUGCUGCUUAUCACCGUUUGACCAACACAGCAGAUUUCAGUUCAAGAGUGUCUCCAGUAAGUGGAGAGUCGGAUCCCAAUAGUUCUAAUUACCAAAAAAAACUGGAGCCUGAUCCUAACGACGGUGCUUAUCAAAAGAAGCUUGAGCCUGACCCUGAUGACAGCUCCAAUGAACAAAACAUGCUCAAGCCUGAUCCCGACAACAAUUCUAAUUAUGAAAACAAGCCCGAACCUGAUCCUGAUGAUGCUAUAGGUUGCAAAAUUAUAGAAUCUGAUGGUGGACCAAGAUUCAAUAGGAGUCUAGUAGUUCAAACCGAUUUGAGCAGCAAGGAUGUGCAGCCUGUGCCUUCUACUAACAGCAGAUUGUUGGAAGCCACAAAGUUGUAUGGAGAACCGGAUCCUGAUGAUAUGGGAAGCUCUUUGAACGGUAAAAUAACUGACAAAAACCAUUUUUCUCCAGGAAUGCAAAACCUGGAUUGCAACAGUUCACAAAGAAUGGUUGUUGAACCUGGUCCAGAUGACUUGGGAGAGAAAAUGAACACGUUGGGGUGUGGAAAUGCUACUGGACAUGAUGAAGCCGAUUGCCUACAAGCUGGCUUAGUGGCAGAUCAAACCCAUUUAAGUAUAAGCUGUAAAAAGCAUGAUGAGGAACCGAUGCAGAUAGAGCCUGAUCCUGACGAAAGUUUGGUACAUCAAGCGGAUUUAUCUAAAAUGCCUGUUGACGAGCCUGAUCCCGAUGACCAAGAAAUUCAAAGAAUACAAGACUCUGUUUCUGUUGUAUGCAAUCGAUUGCGUGAAGCUAUUGGAAAGCUGCUGACUGAACUUAAACCUUCUGAAUCUUCAGCAGUUUUUCAAACUCUGUUCAAGAUUGUUAAGAACGUAAUUGAACACCCUGAUGAAACGAAAUACAGAAAGCUUCGCAAGACUAAUCCCAUCAUCCAGAAGAAUGUUGCCAAUUAUAAAGCUGCAUUGGAGAUCCUCUUCUUGAUAGGUUUUAUUGAAGAUGCACUGCUAGAUGAAAUCGGCAAGGUAGAAACAUUCCUUGUACUGAAGCGCAACGAUCCUGGCUUAUUGUGGCUUGCGAAAUCCACCCUUGAAACAUUCAAUGGUUGCAUGUAGCUUGAACAACAUAUUUUCUUAUAUUUAACAGAACUGUAAACUAAAACGAGUGGUAUAGUACUGUAUACAAGUGGUGGUUUAUUGUGUUCGACCUGGACUAGACAACCCGACAUCAAACAGGGAUGAGUCGCUCUAAGUAUAUUUAUUCAAAUAAGAAGAGGGUUGUUAAUAAAUGUUUCUGAAUA